AUUUUGGCAUACAAUACAGUAACAACAAUUGGCGGGGUUCCAGUUACUUAGAGGAAGUUGCUUCUGAAAGGGGUUUUCUUCAACCUCCUCAGAUUCUUUCCAUUUUCAGAGCUGACGAAAGAAAACAUCAAUUCAGCUGGAAGAAUGGCGCUGCGUUCUGGUUGUCUGUAUUCUGAUAUUGGUUCUCGAGUGUGGAGGCAUAAUCGAGCAGUUGAAUGGGCAGAUUUAGGCUUUGUUGGUCUUAUUCGUGAAAGGCAGUUUUCUGUUGGGAAUGAGGGUUCCAAUCAGCUUGAGGUUCAUAUAAAUGAGGAGGGCAUGUACUUGCUGCUUCACAAGCCGAUCUCCCAACAUCAAUCGUCAGAACCCCAACAGUGACAAGCCUUCUCAGAGCUCUGCUGUGUCCAUGACGACCACCCAGGAAAACAAUGCCAGUGAAGUUUCAGAGGGUAUGGAAGAAACCCCGACCAAAUUAAGUCCUCCACGUGCUGCCAAUAUCUUACUGAACCAUGACUUCUCAAUGGGGCUGCAAUAUUGGCACCCCAAUUGCUGUAAUGGCUUUGUAACUUUGGCCGAGUCAAAUAACCUGGACGAAGUAUCCAUCAAUUCAUGUGCUAAGUAUGCUGUUGUUACCGAUCGAAAGGAAUGCUGGCAGGGACUAGAACAGGAAAUCACCAACAAUAUUUCCCCUGGUAUUACCUAUUCAGUUUCUGCAAGUGUUGGGGUAUCAGGAUCCCUUCAAGGAUCUGCUGACGUCCUAGCAACUUUAAAGCUAGUUUACAAAGAUUCUACUACAAACUAUUUGUGCAUUGGGAGAACUUCUGUGUUGAAAGAGAAGUGGGAGAAGUUGGAGGGGACAUUCUCCUUGUCAACCAUGCCAGACCGUGUUGUAUUCUAUCUGGAAGGGCCUUCUCCGGGUAUUGAUUUGCUCAUACGGUCCGUUGAGAUUACAUGUGCUGGUCCAAAUGAAUUGGAGGCUGGAAAUGCUAAUGCUGGUGAUGAGAAUAUUAUUCUAAACCCAAAAUUUGAUGAUGACCUAAAAAAUUGGUCUGGAAGAGGAUGCAAGAUUGCUCUGCACGAUUCAAUGGGAAAUGGAAAAGUCCUCCCACAGUCUGGAAAGUAUUUUGCCUCCGCUACCGAGCGCACACAGAGCUGGAACGGGAUUCAGCAGGAGAUCACAGGAAGGGUGCAGCGAAAGCUUGCUUAUGAUGUUGCUGCUGUUGUUCGUGUAUUCGGCAAUAAUAUCACCUCUACUGAUGUACGGGCUACUUUAUGGGUGCAAACACCAAAUUCUCGCGAACAAUAUAUCGGAAUUGCCAAUGUGCAGGCAACAGAUAAGGAUUGGGUUCAAUUACAGGGGAAGUUUCUUUUAAAUGCUUCCCCAUCAAAGGUUGUCAUAUAUAUUGAAGGUCCACCUUCGGGAGUUGAUAUUCUCAUCGAUAGUCUUGUUGUCAAGCAUGCACAAAAGAUUCCUCCUUCACCCCCACCACCUGCUCAGAAUCCAGCCUAUGGAUUUAACAUAAUUGAGAACAGCAAUCUAAGUAAUGGCACCAACGGAUGGUUUCCCCUUGGAAGUUGUACACUUAGUAUUGGAACUGGGUCGCCACAUAUUGUUCCUCCCAUGGCAAGAGACUCCCUUGGCCCUUCUCAACCUCUAAGUGGCCGCUACAUACUUGUGACAAAUCGCACACAAACUUGGAUGGGUCCUGCUCAAAUGAUAACUGAUAAGGUGAAACUCUUUCUCACAUAUCAAGUGUCUGCUUGGGUAAAGAUUGGCUCUGGGGCAACUGGUGCACAAAAUGUCAAUGUUGCACUCGGAGUGGAUAACCAAUGGGUCAAUGGAGGGCAAGUCGAGAUCAAUGAUGAUCGAUGGCAUGAAAUUGGGGGUUCCUUUAGGAUUGAGAAGCAAGCAACAAAGAUAAUGGUUUAUAUACAAGGUCCUGCUCCAAGUGUUGACUUAAUGGUCGCUGGACUUCAAAUCUUCCCUGUUGACCGCCGUGCAAGGUUAAGAUAUUUGAGGACACAGACAGAUAAGAUCCGCAGGCGUGAUAUCACCCUCAAGUUCUCAGGAUCUAACUCUAGUGGCACGUUUAUAAAAGUCAGACAAAUGCAGAACAGUUUUCCUUUUGGGACUUGCAUUAGUAGAACAAACAUUGACAACGAAGAUUUUGUCAACUUUUUCGUGAAGAAUUUCAACUGGGCUGUGUUUGGAAAUGAGCUCAAGUGGUAUUGGACAGAGCCGCAGCAAGGAAACUUCAACUAUAGGGACGCUGAUGAGUUAUUGGAUUUAUGCAAGAGCCACAACAUAGAGACUCGUGGUCACUGCAUCUUUUGGGAAGUGCAGGGUACUGUGCAACAAUGGAUUCAGUCCUUGAACAAGAAUGAUAUGAUGGCUGCUGUCCAAAAUCGCCUUACAGGCCUGUUGACGCGCUACAAGGGAAAGUUCAAGCAUUAUGAUGUCAACAAUGAGAUGUUGCAUGGAUCAUUCUAUCAAGAUCAUCUUGGCAAAGAUAUUCGAGCCGACAUGUUUAAGAACGCCAACAAACUUGAUCCAUCAGCUCUCCUAUUCGUGAAUGACUAUCAUGUUGAGGACGGUUGUGACACGAGAUCUUCUCCAGAGAAGUACAUAGAGCAAAUUCUUCAACUGCAAGAGCAAGGAGCUCCAGUGGGAGGAGUUGGGAUACAAGGGCAUAUUGAUAGUCCAGUGGGACCAGUCGUUAGUUCUGCUUUAGACAAAAUGGGAAUUCUAGGCCUUCCAGUCUGGUUCACAGAACUCGACGUGUCGUCCAUCAACGAAUACGUGAGGGCUGAUGAUUUAGAAGUGAUGCUUCGAGAAGCUUAUGCUCAUCCUGCAGUAGAAGGUAUAAUGUUAUGGGGAUUCUGGGAGCUGUUUAUGAGCCGGGACAAUUCUCAUUUAGUGAAUGCAGAAGGAGAGAUCAACGAAGCUGGGAAACGAUACUUGGCUCUGAAACACGAAUGGCUUUCACAUGCAAGUGGACAGAUCGAUGAGAAGAGUGAAUUCAAAUUCAGAGGCUUUCAAGGAACAUAUAACGUGCAGAUUGUGAAUGCCUCCAAGAAGAUGUCAAAGACAUUUGUAGUGGAAAAGGGAGAUACACCUGUGGAGGUAUCUAUAGAUCUGUGAAAGUAAAACCAAAUCCACUGCUAAGAUACAUUUCCAAAGAUGUGGGAUAAUACAAUAAAAACACUUCCCCUGUGUAAUAUUUCCCAAUUCAAAAUAAUAAAUACAGGUGUGUUGUUUGCUGGUUGUGAAUGAA